GCUCAGGUCCAUCGCGGGCGGAUGGGGCCGCGUCCCUCAGGCGCCUUUGAGUCUCCCCAUGGGGCAGCUGCGUGCUGCGGCGCUGUUCCCCGUGACCUGCCUGGUCCUGGCUUGGGUCGCGGGCUCUGGGUGCCUCAACAUCCUGUACCCACCCACCUGCUUCUCCGAUUACCUCCGUGUGUCCACCUGCGAGUGGAGUCUGGACCGUCCUCUCAACUGCACGGCUGAGCUGCGCCUGGCCUACUGGAUCAACUUGGAGUUCUUUGAAAACCAGACCUGUGUCCCGGACAAUGUGGCUGAAUCCGUGUGUGUGUGCCACAUGUCCACCGAGGACCUGUACGUCUAUGACAGCUACCAGCUGGACCUGUGGGCCGGGCAGCGGCUGCUAUGGGGGGGCGCCUUCACCCCCAGCCAGCACGUGAAGCCCAUGGCCCCUGAGAACCUGACAGUGCGGGCCAGCUCCUCCCACUCCUGGGUCCUAGCGUGGAGCAAUCCCUACCCUUCUGAAAACUUCCUGUACAACAAGCUCACCUACCUGGUCAACGUCUCCCAAAAGGACGACCCAGCGCAGUUCCAGAUCUACAAUGUCACCUACACGGGGCCCGUCCUCCGCCUGGUGGCCAGCGCCCUGAAACCCGGGCUCUCCUACAGCGCGCGGGUGAGGGCCCGGGCCAGCAUCCUGCUCAGCACCUGGAGCGAGUGGAGCCCCAGCGUCAUAUGGAACAACCACUCCCAGCUGUCCCUGGAGCAGCAGCUGCCCCUGGGCAUGGCCAUCACCUGCCUCCUCAUCCUGUUCGUCUGCCUGGCCGGCUACCUUGGUGUCACCAGGGUUAAGAAGCUGUGGUGGGACCAGAUCCCCAGCCCUGCCCGCAGCUCCGUGCUGGCCGUCGUCAUCCGGGACUCGCAGGUGUCUCUGUGGGAGAAAUCGGCGCCGGGGCAGGAAGCAGCUGAGCGCCCCCACUGGAAGACUUGUCUGGCCAAGCUCCUGCCCUGCCUGCUGGAGCCCGGCAUGAAUAUGAACCCGAGUGUUCCCCGGGGUUCAGGCCGCGGGCCACGCCCCACCAGGCUGGCAUGGUCCCCCAUGGAGAUGCACAGGAGGGUCCUGUGUCCCGAGAGCACCAGCGUGGUGCGCUGCGUGGAGCUGUGCGAGGCCCCGGCCCUGCGCGGGGAGGCGGAGGCGGAGGAGGAGGAGGAGGCCAGGGACCCACGGCCGGCUCAGGCCAGCGCAGACGCCUUCCCCGAGGACAUGGUGGCCCGGCUGGCCGAGAGUCUGUUCCUGGACAUGCUGGGGGCUGAGGACAGGGGUUCGGCGGCUGCAGGGCGCCCCCUGCCCACGGGCAGCGUGGCCGUUCCCGGCCCCCCCGCCGGCCAGGCCCUCACCCCCGUGCCCUUGGUCGUGGCCGACAACCCAGCCUACCGCAGCUUCAGCGACUGCUGCCAGCCAUCGGCGGGGCCCGGGGCUGCCCAGCCAGGGGUGCAGGUGGCUGCAGGCCCUGAGCAAGGGAACCCCGCGGACCCUGGGCCCCCCCAGACUGAGCCGGAGAGCUGGGAGCAGAUUCUCCGGCAGCGAGUUCUGCAGAUGGCGGCGGCCAUCGACACGGGCUACCGGGACUUCACCCAGGCCGUGGAGCAGGGGGCCCGGGGUCUGGGCGCAGACGGCGGGGGGUACAAGGCCCUCUCGGGGGUCCCCGCCCUCGAUGCCGCCUGCACGCCUGGGGCCUGCAGUGUAGGUGGAGGCUACAAACCCUUCCAGAGCCUGAGCAGUUGUCCUGGGGCCCCCGCGUCCCCGCUCACCUUCGCACUGGACGUGGAGCCCCCCCAGGGCACCCAAGUUGCACUUGUCCCCCACCCGGCCUGCCUGGGCCCGGGCAAGCACGGGCAGAAGCCCCCCGCGGCCCCCGGGUUCCCCCUGGAUGACCUGGGCAGCGGCAUCGUGUACUCGGCACUCACCUGCCACCUGUGCGGCCGCCUGAAGCAGCGCUGCAGCCCCACGGAGCACGGCCAGGGCACUGGGGCCGCCCGGCCCUGCUGUGACUGCUGCUCCGGGGACCCCGCCUCACCCCCAGGGAGCCCCCCGCCCCCCUCGGGCACGCCUGAGGACGGGAAGGCCCUGCUGGCCCACAGCGGCUCCCCGUGCAUGGGGGUGGCCUAGUUCCUGCCUUCAUCACUCAGGACACAGGUGAGGCCCCCAGGGGGGCUUUCAAGAUCCAGAAGCUGUGCCCCUUCCCCAGCAUUGGCCUGGCCCACCAAACCCCUCCCCCCCCGGGAAAGGGUGCUCUGGGGGCAUACAGGGGAAAGGCAGAGGCAGGGGAAGCAGGGCUGGCCUGCGCCCAGGGCCGCACAGGCAGCCUGGAAUUGUGCCACAACGAGGCCCGAGUUGCUGGGCUCGGCUGGGCCUGCCCCCCCCUCCCCCGGCCGAGAGAGCGGCGAGGCAGAUGGCAGACAGAAUGGGCUGGCACCUGAAUGAGGCCGGGAGCCGGGAUUAGGCAGGACGAUGCCUGUGUGUGCCUGUCUCCACCAAAUUGGAGCAGGGCUUGGUGGCAGUUUGUAUGAAUAAAGAUUCUUUAUCUCGGG